AUCAGGUUAAAGAAGAGGACAAACCGGAUAAGAAAGACCAGGAGGGUUCAGACAGCAGCGGUAGCAUGAGUGACAGGGCGCAGUCGGCAAAAAUCCCAUUCCGAGUAAAAAGCCCGGAACCGAUGAACAAGCCGGAACGUGUCCAAAGUCCGAAACCCCAGCCCUUGCAGCGUCAGCUGAAAAGCCCGGAACCACCGCCACCAUCCCGGGGCUCCAUCAAAAGCCCAGAACCACCGCCACCAUCCCGGGGCUCUAUCAAAAGCCCAGAACCACCGCCACCAUCCCGGGGCUCCAUCAAAAGCCCGGAACCAGCGCCACCAUCCCGGGGCUCCAUCAAAAGCCCAGAACCGUCCCGGUUUCCCGUCAGAAACGCAGACUCGCCAAAGACUCCUGAGCGCUUCAAGAGCCCUGAACCGGCCCAGACGAGUCCGCAGCCCGUCCUGAACGGAGACAACAACUCCUUCAGUACGUCUAACGGGGCGCACAACACCCCGGAUACAGCCCCCUCCUCCUUCUCGAGCCAGCAGGAGUCCGCUGAAGACCAGGGCUUGAGCAGAAAGAAGGUGGUCAGGGUGGUGAAGAAGGUGGUGAGAAGGGUCGUGCCCACGGAGGAAGAGUCAGCAGCAGCAGUUAAAGAGCUGCAUAAGAGGACGAGCGCGACGGAGAAGCCCAAACCAGCGGAGCCCGUUUCCAAACCCGAGACGACUCCCCUCUUCUCUUUCAAGCACGACGGCAUCAAGAAGGAGCCUGCGAAGGACGACAUGGCGGCCGGCCUAGCCAGCCUGAUGAGCAGAGCCAAGACGAAGGAGCACCGUGCUCGAUUCCGAGGGCCGGAGAGGAGGCAGGGGGAGCAGGAGGCUUCCCCUGAGCCACAGCAGCAGGAGCAGACAGCUGAGCCCCAGGAGGAGGAGAAGCCUCAGAGGAAGGCUGAACCCACGGCUGAGAAAGAGAAAGAAGAGUUGUCGGUGGCGCCUCCUCCUCCGAAGACAGAGGACAAGCUGUCCCCCUCCUCCCCUCGUCCUUGUCCUUCUAAUCCUCAAUCCCCUUUCCCUGCUGUGCUGGCUGCGUCGAAGCCUGAGGUGAAAGCAGUGCCUCGGGUGACCCUGGCAGCAGCUGUGAAGCCGCUGUCCCCGAGCGCAGUCGCUGAGCGCCCCCUUGCUGAGUCUGAUCAGGCAGUGGCCCAGCUGACCCCGGCGGACGAAGCGCAGAGACGAUUUGAGAGGAUCUUCAUGGCUUCUCUGGAGCCUGUGGCUUGUGCCUCUGCCCGCACUCAGGUAUGGUACUCUUCCCCGGAGCCCCCCUCUCAAGGCGUGUGCGCCCCGGCUGGUGUCUGUGCGCGUGUGUCGUGCUGGAGUGGUAUGGUGGAUGAGGUCCCAGCAACAGCUCUACAGGCUCCCUCUGCAGCUUCUACUACUGCUCAGCACCAGGUGAAGACGGAGGAGGAGAUUGCUGCAGAGCAGGAAUGGUAUGGCACAGACAAGGUGUGGCUGGUCCACAAGGACGGGUUCUCUCUAGCAACUCUGCUGAAGGCAGAAAACCACAGUCUUCCCGAAGGAAAGGUGAAGAUUAAACUGGAACAUGACGGGACAAUACUGGAUGUGGACGAGGACGAUGUGGAGAAGGCUAAUCCCCCAGCCUUCGAUCGCGUGGAGGACCUGGCGUCCCUGCAGUAUCUCAACGAGUCGAGCGUCAUGCACUCCCUGAGGCAGCGCUACGGAGGGAACCUGCUCCACACCUACGCUGGGCCCAGCAUGGUCAUCAUUAACCCCCUGAGUGCCCCCUCAAUGUACUCCGAGAAGGUGAUGCACAUGUUUAAAGGCUGCCGGCGGGAGGAUUCGUCCCCUCAUAUCUACGCUGUGGCCCAGGCUGCUUACCGGAACCUGCUGACCACCCGGCAGGACCAGUCCAUCGUCCUGCUGGGCAAGAGUGGCAGCGGCAAGACCACCAACAGCCAGCACCUGGUGCAGUACCUGGUGUCCAUCGCCGGCAGCACUGGCAAGAUCUUCUCAGCUGAGAAGUGGCAGGCUGUGUACACGAUCCUGGAGGCAUUUGGGAACAGCGCUACAGGGAUGAACAGCAACGGCAGCCGAUUCUCUCAGAUAGUCUCGCUGGACUUUGACCAGGCUGGGCAGGUGGCCUCAGCGUCUCUGCAGACCAUGCUGUUGGAGAAGCUGCGUGUGACGAGGCGUCCUGAUGCCGAGGCCUCCUUCAAUGUGUUCUACUACAUGAUGGCCGGGGCCGACAGCACACUCAGAACGGAGCUCCACUUUAACCACUUUGCAGAGAACAGCGCUUUCGGAAUUGCACCACUGUCAAAGCCUGACGAGAAACAGAAGGCCUCCCAACAGUUCACGAAGCUGCAAGCUGCGAUGAAAGUGCUGGGGAUUGCAUCAGAAGAGCAGAGGGCCAUUUGGCUGGUCCUCGGAGCCAUCUACCACUUAGGAGCAGCUGGCGCUACCAAAGUUUCUGUCGUAGACGGAUUCGCUGGAAGGAGGCAGUUUGCCCGUCACGAAUGGGCCCAGAAGGCGGCCUAUCUGCUGGGCUCUACUCUCGAGGCGCUGUCCUCGGCCAUCUUCAAACACCAGCCCAAAGGAUCUCUCCAGAGAUCCAACUCCUUCCGCCAGGGGCUCGACGACAUGGGACAGGGAGACGGCUCAGGACCCAAGGUUACGGCUCUGGAGUGUUUGGAAGCCAUGGCGUCUGGACUCUAUUCAGAACUCUUCACUCUGCUGAUCUCUCUUAUUAACAGAGCCCUGAAGUCCAGCCAGCACUCUCUGUGCUCCAUCAUGGUGGUGGACACGCCCGGAUUCCAGAACCCUCGCACCGCCCGGCAGGACCGCGGCGCCACCUUCGAGGAGCUGUGCCACAACUACACCCAGGAGCGCCUGCAGACGCUGUUCCACGAGCGCACGUUCGUACAGGAGCUCGAGCGAUACAAGGAGGAAAACAUAGAGCUAGCACUAGAUGACCUGGAAUCCAGCACAUCUCUGUCUGUAGCUGCAGUAGACCAAGCCUCGCACCAAGCUCUGGUGCGGAGCCUGGCCCGGAAUGACGAAGCCCGGGGGCUGCUGUGGCUGAUGGAGGAGGAAGCGCUGCAGCCAGGGGGCAGUGAGGAGACCCUCCUGGACAGACUCUUCACGUACUACGGACCUCACGAGGGGGGCGACAAGAAAGGUCAGAACCCGUUGAUGAAGAGUGACAAGCCGCAUCACUUCCUGUUGGGGCACAGCCACGCCACGGACUGGGUGGAGUACGAUGCCCGGGGCUGGCUGUCCCACGCCAAGCAGAACCCCGCCUCCCAGAACGCAGCCACUCUGCUGCAGGACUCGCAGAAGAAGAACAUCAGCUGCCUGUUCAUGGGGCGCGCCGGCUCCGCGACCGUCCUGUCGGGCUCCAUCGCGGGGCUGGAGGGCAGCUCUCAGCUUGUCCUGAGAAGAGCCACCAGCAUGAGGAAGACCUUCACCACCGGAGUGGCGGCUGUCAAGAAGAAGAGCCUCUGCAUCCAGAUCAAACUGCAAGUGGAUGCCCUGAUCGACACGGUGAAGAAGUCCAAGCUCCACUUUGUGCACUGCUUGCUCCCGAAGGCGGACGCCCUCAGUUCAGAUGUGCGGCUCUCCUCCGGCGGCCCGUCGCCCAAGGCUGGCGAGGGCGAGCCCCACGGGGAGAACUGCGACUCCGGACUGAUGCAGCUGGACGUUAGCCUCCUCCGGGCUCAGCUCCGUGGCUCCAAGCUGCUCGACGCACUCCGGAUAUACCGCCAAGGUUACCCAGAUCACAUGGUGUUUUCUGAGUUCCGCCGCAGGUUCGACGUCUUGGCUCCACACCUUACAAAGAAACACGGGCGCAAUUACAUCGUCACUGAUGAAAAACGGGCUGCUGAAGAGCUUCUGGAGUCCCUGGAUUUAGAGAACAGCAGUUAUCACAUGGGGCUGAGCAGGGUGUUUUUCCGUGCAGGGACUCUCGCUAAACUGGAAGAGCAAAGAGACGAGCAGACGAGGAGGAACAUCUCCCUCUUCCAGGGGGUGUGCCGGGGCUAUAUGGCCAGGCAGUCGUUCAAGAAGAGAAAGAUCCAGGAUCUCGCUAUCCGCUGCAUCCAGAAGAACAUCAAGAAGAACAAAGGCGUUAAAGGCUGGCCCUGGUGGAAGCUGUUCACCACAGUAAGGCCCCUGAUCGAGGUGCAACUCAGCGAGGAGCAGAUCAGAGGCAAAGACGAGGAAAUUCAGCAGCUUCGCAGCAAACUUGAAAAAGUGGAAAAAGAGAGGAAUGAACUGCGACUGAACACAGACCGUUUGGAGUGCAGGAUCACAGAGAUUUCCUCGGAGCUCGCGGAUGAGAGGAACACAGGAGAAUCGGCUUCCCAGCUUUUAGAGUCAGAAACUUCGGAGAGACUGCGCUUGGAGAAAGAAAUGAAAGAUCUGCAGGCUAAAUUCGACACGGUGAAGAAGCAGAUGGACUCCAUGGAAAUGGAAGUGAUGGAGGCGAGGCUGAUGAGAGCGGCCGAGCUCAACGGAGAGCUGGACGAUGACGACGACGACUCGGGUGGAGAGUGGCGCUUGAAGUACGAUCGGGCGAUUCGAGAGAUCGAUUUCACCAAGAAGAGGCUCCAGCAGGAGUUUGAUGACAAGCUGGAGGUGGAGCAGCAGAACAAGAGACAGCUGGAGAGACGGCUGACAGAUCUGCAGGCAGACAGCGAGGAGAGCCAGCGCACCGUCCAGCAGCUCAAGAAGAAAUGCCAGCGGCUGACCUCCGAGCUGCAGGACACCAAGCUGCACCUGGAGGGCCAGCAGGGACGCAACCACGAGCUGGAGAAGAAGCAGAGAAAGUUCGACUCUGAGUUGUCUCAGGCCCAGGACGAGGCUCAGAGAGAGAAGUUCCAGAAGGAGAUUCUGAGCCGGGAGAAGGACGUUCUCACCGGGGAGGUGUUUAGCCUCCGACAGCAGCUCGAGGACAAGGACUCGGAGAUCAGCGCUCUGAACCACAAGGUGGAGCUGCUGGAGGUGGAGCUGCAGGAUCUGUCCUCCCAGGAGUCGAAGGAUGAGGCCUCCCUCUCCAAGGUCAAGAAGCAGCUGCGCGACCUCGAGGCAAAGGCCAAGGAUCAGGAGGAGGAGCUGGACGAACAAGCAGGGACCAUACAGAUGCUGGAGCAGGCGAAGCUGCGUUUGGAGAUGGAGUUGGAGCGGCUGCGACAGAGCCAGUCCAAGGAGAUGGAGAGCAAGGAUGAGGAAGUGGAGGAGGUCAGGCAGUCCUGCCAGAAGAAGCUAAAGCAAAUGGAAGCGCAGUUGGAGGAAGAGUAUGAUGAUAAGCAGAAAGUCCUCCGUGAGAAGAGAGACCUGGAGAGCAAGCUGUCCGCGGCCAGUGAGCAGGUCACCCAGCACGACUUAGAGACCGAGAAGCGGCUGAGGAAGGACCUGAAGCGCACCAAAGCUCUGCUGGUGGACGCACAGAUUAUGCUGGAUCAUCUGAAGAACAAUGCACCGAGCAAGAGGGAGAUUGCACAGCUCAAGAACCAGCUGGAGGAAUCCGAGUUCACCUGCGCGGCGGCGGUGAAGUCUCGUAAAUCCAUGGAGGUGGAGAUUGAAGAUAUGCACAUUCAGAUGGACGACAUCUCCAAGACCAAGUCAGCCUUGGAGGAACAGGUGAGCCGUCUGCAGCGUGAGAAGAACGAGCUGCAGUCCCGUCUCGAGGAGGACCAGGAGGACAUGAACGAGCUCAUGAAGAAGCACAAGACUGUUGUUGCACAGUCAUCGAGAGACCUGGCUCAAAUCAACGACCUGCAGGGUCAGCUGGAAGAAGCAAGCAAGGAAAAGCAAGAAAUCCAGGAAAAGCUCCAGUCCCUGCAGAGCCAGCUGGAGUUUGUGGAGCAGUCCAUGGUGGAUAAAUCUCUGGUCAGCAGACAAGAGGCCAAGAUCCGGGAGCUGGAGACCAAACUGGAGUUUGAGAGGACCCAGGUCAAGCGCCUCGAAAGCCUGGCAAAUCGGCUGAAGGAGAACAUGGAGAAGCUGACGGAGGAGCGGGACCAGCGUGGGGCGUCAGAGAACCGGGAGCGCGAGCAGAACAAGAGGCUGCAGAGACAGAUCCGAGACAUCAAAGAGGAGAUGGGAGAGCUGGCCAAGAAGGAGAUGGAGGCCAGCCGCAAGAAGCAUGAACUGGAAAUGGACAUCGAGAGCUUGGAAGCAGCCAAUCAGAGCCUGCAGGUGGAUCUGAAACUGGCCUUUAAGCGAAUCGGGGACUUGCAGGCCGCCAUUGAGGAUGAAAUGGAGAGCGACGACAACGAGGAUGUCAUUAACAGUUUGCAAGACAUGGUGACAAAGUACCAGAAAAGAAAGACUAAAACCGAGGGGGAUUCAGAAACCGACUCUGAGGUGGAGGAGCGCGUUGAUGGGGUCAAAUCCUGGCUGUCGAAGAACAAAGGCUCAUCAAAAACUCUCUCGGAUGAUGGCAGCUUAAAGAGUUCCAGCCCCCCGUCCUAUCGCAGACACACCUUACACAAAUCAGAUGAGGAGGACGAGCAGAACCCCAGCAGCAACUACCGCUCCCGAUACUCGCAAAGGAGCUUCCUGAACGAGAGCGACGGCGACUCCAAGCCUUCCGAAACCACUGCGUAAGAGCAGCGAGUGGCCCAAAGCAAGCCCACCGGCUCCUGCAGAGAACCGGCAUGACGCUGCACUGCGCGCUGCUCUCAAAAGCACCCCGUUCAUUAAAACAAAAACAAAAGACAGAAAAAUAAAUUAAACCAAAUGUUGUUGUUUUUUGCUUUGUCAGUUGUAAUGAUUACUCUGCACCGGAGAAGAUACUGUAUUGUUACUGGGAACUGCAGCUAGCUGCACAUGAGGUACUGGACGUUGAAUUAUUUAACAAGGACGAGGCCGCCAUCGGAGAAUCUUGGUACUGGCGAGGUUCUGAACCUGAGCACAGGUGUUUUGGUGCACCUGGUUCACCGGAUUUAUGUCCUCACUCCCGGUUUUUGCCAGGUCACACUCUGGAGAUGCAUGCUCUGAAUGGUAGUCGUAGUUUUUGCCCUUUCUUUCGUUUGCUGAAGGGUCGCAGCCUUUAUAACACAAUGAGUGCUGAGGCUUGUCCCAUCGAUCAGGCAGUCUGCGUUGCUAAGCUUGUGCUACACUGAGCCAAAGAGCUGUUUGCAGUUUUCAUUGACUGGGAACUUUGUUAAAUUUGCUCUCUAAAAAAGAAUAACAAUUGCAACACUUUGGCUCAGUGUUACUCAGUUUUUUCCCCCCUCAUCAGUUUGAGUUUCACAUCGUUUCUGCUUUCUAGAAGGGUGAUUAUUUGGUACAGGCUGCAGGUGCCUGUAGUGUUUAUUUCUCACAUUUAUAAACCUUCCUUUGGAUGGAUACACACUGCAUUGCAGCAGAUUGUCAGCUGUAUCGGUGGUAACCUUUUCUUUUGAGUUAUAACAAAUGCUGAUUGUAUACAACUGACGAGAUGAUAUCUGCGCCUUGCCUAAUUUAUAUUGCAAAAGAGAGUGCACAGGUUUAGACUGAAUUUAUUGAACAUGCUUUUUACAGAUCUGUGUGCCCUGCUCUAGCUUAAAAGGUAUGAUCUUGCUUACUACUUUUCUAUACAUUCAAUAUUAUCCUAAAUAGUCGUGCAAAGACAGCGUUUGAUGAUUAUGCUUUUAAAGGGCAGCCUGUAAAACGAAAUACCAAGGGGAAGAGAUGAAUACUUAAUAAUGAAUGUUAAAUAUUUGACGUUUACAUAACUAAUAUAUAUCUGUACAAUUCAUUCUAGCUACCAAAAUAGUUUAGUUUAUUGACUUUUUUUAUUGUACUGUAUAUAGGAGCUGGUGAUCAUUUCAGACGUUUUUCUGUGCAAAAGAUGAACGCUAGAGCUGCAUUGAAAAUUUAAAAAAUUGAAGAAUUAUUUUUCUUUCUUUUAAAUAAUCUUUGUGUGCUUUUGCAUUUUCGUACCUAAUCCCCUCCAUUAAGUAAGUAAAGAGCUUUAUUUUUGGUUUGGAAUGUUACACAGUGGGUUUGUGGUGCCGAUAUAUUCCGUGUUCUAGAACUAGAAUUCCAACCUGUGCUUUUAAUAGCUUAAAGACUGAUACAGCCCUUGGGUGCAACUAUGGCAACUGAAACGGUACAGACAUCAACACUGCUACCUGAAACACAUUGCCCUCCUCAGAUUUAUUAAAUCCCAUCCGGUUUAUUCAGCCAACAUUGAAUCGCAAGUCUUCAUAUAGCCCCCCCCCCCCAGUCUAUAUGAUCCACCCUCCCUCUAAAUCACACUCGGCUCAAUUGCAUUGGGAUUAUGAUCUAAACCGACACAGAACUUACCUGCCCCAUGCCAAUCAGUCUCUAUCAUUUAAUGGUAUUGCUAUGGAUCAAAAUGUCAUUCCCAUUCUAGCAUUUAAAAACGAUAAGUGUUUCCAUCCAGUAUGCCUGUACAGAUUUAUAAAACUCACUCUAAGUAUGUGCUUAAAACAGGGAUUGAUUUGCAGUUUGAGUAAAACUAUUGCCUAACUUUUAGUGCCCUUGUAGAUUCAAGUGCUUUUUUUUUGUCAGUUUCUUGAGUCAGUGUUUCCUUUCCCUGGAGAGUGCUAACGGCCCAGGUUUUGUGUUUUAACCAGGUCCUGAAUAUUUAUUACAAUUUACUUGUGCAUAAAAGACAACCCGGACAGCCGCUGGGACUUUAGACGUCCAUACAUAAAGAAUACGAAUGGAUAACGUCCUGGACAGCUGGCGGUCCCCAGGGUCCAGGCUGACCGAUGACUGCAGGCUGUGAGCUGUUUCUCUUGUGUUCUCUCUUGACGUGCAUGGUGAUUUGGUCACGGUGUUUCUGCAAGUCCACUCUUCUCUCUCCGCGAUCUCCAUGCUGAUGCCGUUCCUGCUAGCCCUACUCUGCACAACGAAGCGCAGCCACAGAACACCGAACACACUCCUCAGCUGCGUUUCCUCUGCCCAAGCCCUGCCUGUUCUGGGCAUGGGAAUGACGUUAGCAGCUGUCUUUAAUAUCUAGCAUGCGCAGUGAUAGGGUGCUGUUAUCCAGCUGUACUGCUUACUCAGCCUGCAUUGAGAGUCUUGCAUUCACAGUUCAAAGACCUGACUGGACGCCUGUUAAUCAGCAGUGGUACACAGAAGGGGAUUCAGAGCUGUGGAGAUGCAGCUUUGGUUACUACAGUGUCUACCAUAUAAUGGAGCGAUUGCCAAGAUGAAAUAAAAUAUACUUUAAGCAAACAAAAAAAAA